AUGUCCGCUAAGCUCGUCAAGAAUGCUGGCUACUUCUCCCGCUUCCAAACAAAGUUCCGCAGGCGGCGUGAGGCUAAGACUGACUACGUCCAGCGUACUCAGCUCAUCCAACAAGAUAAGACAAAGUAUGGUGCUGCUAAGUACCGCCUUGUCGCUCGUAUCACAAACACAAAGGUCAUCGCUCAGAUCGUUGUUGCCGAACUUACAGGUGAUAAGACAGUCUGCCAGGCUCUCUCCACAGAACUUCCAAAGUACGGCAUCAAGCUCGGUCUUUCCAACUACCCAGCUGCUUAUGCUACAGGUCUUCUUGUUGCUCGCCGCUUCCUCACACAGAUGAAGCUUGCUGAUGUCUUCAAGACAGAGAUCACAGAGGAAUACCUCAACGAUGAAGAGAACAGACGCCCAUUCAAGGUCAUCCUCGAUGUUGGUCUUGCUCGUACAACAACAGGCGCUAAGGUCUUCGCCGUCAUGAAGGGUGCCGUCGAUGGUGGCCUCUUCAUCCCACACAACGUCUGCCGCCUCGCCUGCAAGUUCGACAAGAAGGACAAGGAUGCUGGCAAGGACCGCAAGGACGUCCCAGCUGAAAAGAUCGUCAAGGGCAACCAGUACUACAUCCUCGGUGGCGCCGUCGCUGACUACAUGCGCAAGCUCAAGAAGGAGUCCGAAGAGAAGUACAACAAGCAGUUCUCCCGCUACGUCAAGGCCGGAAUCACAGCUGACAACCUUGAGAAGAUCUACAAGGAUGCUCACGCUGCCAUCCGCAAGAACCCAGCUGCUACAGUCAUCGCCGACAAGAAGAAGCACGCUGAGGAGAUGAAGCAGAAGCACGCUCCAAAGAAGCCACAGACAAAGAAGCUCUCCUUCGAAGAGAAGCGCAAGAUCCUCAACGAGCACCUUGCUGCUGCUGGCCUUCCACCACGCAAGUAA